AUGGUGAGGUCAAAUUCAAGACUAGAGUUCAAUCUUUCGAUUAUCUCGACUAUCAAGGACAGCAUUUCGGUCCAAGAACUUCUCGAUAGACUAGCACAACUUCAGGAGGAGCUGUCGGAUUUGAAACAGGAAGAAGUGGACGUGAGCAGUCUCAAUAAAUACAGAGCAGACCUCAUCAACAAGAAGAUUCUUAAACACAAAGACCAUGGUGUUAGAGCAUAUACAGCGUGCUGUCUGAGUGAUAUACUUAGAGUUUACGCGCCCGAUGCACCCUACACAGACAAAGAACUCACGGAGAUCUUCCAGUUGUUUUUGGAACAGUUUCGGCUAUUGCAGGAUCCUGAAAAUGGAUACCUGACGCUGCAAACGUACCUUGUCACGAACUUGCUGGAAUAUAGAUCGAUCGUCUUAUUGACAGAUCUGCCCAACUCGUCUCAGCUUGUUUCAGAUCUUUUUGAUAUCUUCUACUCUCCGAAAAACAACGCGAUUCAAGAAAAAAUCUUCAAUAUCAUAGGCGGUCUUUUGGGGGAGGUAAUAUUGGAGUGUGACACGAUGCCCAUGACUGCUCUGAAGCUGGUCUUCAACAAGUUUUUAUCCCACAAACGCGACGAAGCCCUGAACGGCCUCAGCCUGAAAAAAGAUCCUGGGUUUGAAUUCAGUCUAGCGAUCUGCCAAAACUACUCAAAUCGCUUAGGGCGGCACUUCAUCAAAUUCUACUCAGAGAUAAUAUACGAAGUUUUAAAUGACGAGCACGAUCAUGAAAAGAGCAGGCUGUCCUCAGAAUACAAAACGCUGGUCAAACUUGGCAGGCUUACAUCCGAGCUAUGGAAAUAUGCACCUGAUCUUGUAGGAUCUAUCACGGGCUUCAUUUACCAGCUACUUUGCUCUGAAAAUGCGCUUUUUCGUGAAGCGGCUACAGACUGUGUCAGCGAGAUGCUGAAAAGUUCCUCUCUUGUCAAUUUCGACGUUGCCCAUAGGGACACCUACAAAGUCUGGCUUAGUAAAAUGGCAGACAUCAGUCCUCAGGUAAGGCAUGCUUGGGUAUUCCAACUGCCUCAAAUUCUCGUGAAUCGCACGGAUCUUGCUAACGAUAUUUCAAAAGGACUGGCUAAGGCUCUCAUAGAUGCAGACCACUCUGUACGUUUGUGUGCUGUUCAAGUUUUUGAGAAAGUUCCGGUCAAACAAUUAUGGGAAUGCGUAUCCAAUCCAUCUGUUUUUACAGGCCUCUUACAUUUGACUAGAGAAGCGCGAUCAGAUAUAAGAGAAAUAUGCAUCGAAGCGGUGUCUAAAAUUUACGUUAACUCCGUGGAGCAAAUUUCUAGAAGUGAAGAUAAUAGAGAAAUAUGGCAGGUUGUUGAAACAAUUCCAUCGGUCUUCUUCAAUCUCUACUACAUUAACGAUCUCGAUAUCAACAUGAAAAUUGAUCAGGUCUUGUUUGAGAAGUUUUUACCUCUGCCUCUCGACGCACAAACCCUAGUGAACAGAGUCGUGGGCAUGAUGCGAAACUUUGACAAGAAGGCAUUUUCAUCAUUUUACGCGUUCAACAAGCGUCAAGAGCAGAUGUCUAUGGUUGUUUCCAAGCUCAUUACAUUUUGCGAAAAUUGUCAUUCGGCCGAAAUCUCUGUGGUAAAGUCUUCCCAAACACAGCUCGAAAAAACAAUAGAAUGGCUAAGUUCAGGCUUUUCUCAAAAGUUGGAAUUUAAGGAAGUCUUGGUGGCAUUGAAUGAGCUUAAUGACCGGAGGUUGUAUCACCUCAUUAAAGUGGCUGUUGAUGAGAUGUCAAACCACAGCACAGUAAGGAACGCAAUCAGCGAGCUUUUUAAAAGAAUAGAAGACCCUGAGCUAUUCCGUAAGAAGAACGUCAAAAUUGACUCUCGAUUCACUAAAGAGAGCUUCAUAAGCGUGAUCAAGGUGCUGAUUUACAGGUCGAGCCCUAUAAUUUACAACAUUUCUAACCUGUCAAUACUUUUGAGUGGAUCUGGCUCAUGUACUGAAGCAGAAAACGUUUUGAAGAGACAGCUGAUAGACAACAUAUCUGUGGUAAAUCCAGGAAUAUUCAAGGAUCAAGCCAAGCAUUUGAUGGAGAACAUAAUGGCACUGGAUGGAAGCUCCUCAACUCUGACUUGGACGCUUACCUUGAGCGAGGCCAUGAAAACACUGUACAAGAUCAGCAAAUUGAAUCGUGAAUACAUCACAAAUGCAAACCCCUUCUUCUUGGAUAAACUAGAAGAGCUGGCGAAAGGUGAUGCUAUUCUAGCCGCAAAAUAUGCCACAAAGCUGCUAGGUCUAUUAGAUGAUCCGCGAUCGCAACUUUUGAGAAUCAAAGAAACCAUUUUACCGCUCAAUUCUAAAUCUGACUAUUUUGCCGCACAUUUGAUGGUGUUAUCACAAAUUCUAAAAAUGCAGCCGCAGUUGCUUGGCGAAGAUUCAACGGAGAUUGUUAGCCUCCUCAUCAAAGAAGUACUACUAACCAACGAAGUGGUCGGAGACGUCGAAGGACAACCGGGUUGGAUAUCGUACAAUGAUUUAUGCUCUGUCGAAUCAAAUAGGCCGCUCGCUGCUAAAGUGUUUUCGCUUAAACUAUUCACAAACAAACUACGCGUUCUCGCGCAUGACCUUCGAGGUGAUGAGAUGGCACAAGCCUUCACGGUAAGAAUUCUGAAACUGUUUUUUUACCUGAUCGCUAGCGGUGGUGAACUAAUAUCGGAUCAAAGCGAAAGCUAUCCAACACCGAGCAAUUUCCAGAGUCAGCUCAGGUGCAGCGCAGGGCUACAAAUCCUCAAGCUAGCCAAAAUUUCUUAUUUGAGCACUUACAUCAAACCUGAUGAUAUCAGCAAACUCGUAAAUUUGGUUGAAGAUGAAUCGCUUGAGGUGAGAAGUCUCUUUAUUGGGAAACUGAAGGAUUAUGUGGGAGACGAGGCUAUUUCUAUCAAAUAUCUUCCACUGAUUUUUUUUACAGCUUACGAACCUGAUACAGCUUUGAGAACAAGCACACGGAUGUGGAUCACUUCCACUCUUAAAAAGGAGAGCUUCAAGAAAGGGACUUUUUUCGAGAGAGCAUUGCCAAGGCUAGUUCACCUGGUAGCUCAUCAUCCAGAUGUAGCAGAAGGGCUAAAAACCAAAGAUGAAGGUCUUUAUAACAGCUUGACGACCGCGAUUGGUUAUAUGGUUUAUUAUUUCCAUUCAGUGGCUAACUCGAAUAACUUGGCACUUCUGUACUAUUUGGCGGGAAGAGUGAGACAGUAUAGAGACACUAUUACUGAGGAGGUCGCGGACACUGAUCAAGAAGCCCCUGAGGACGUCCCAACUAAAGACUGUGGUAUCUAUAUUAUUUCUGAACUAGCCCAACUUAUUCUAGGUCAACUCAAAGACUAUAAUGAGUGGACGCUUUCCCCAUACCCCGGCAAGCUCAACCUGCCGUCGGAUUUAUUUGAGCCCUUCGAAACGAUAGAGGAUGCCAGAAAAAAUACGUUCGGGAGCUACUUGAAGUCGGAGGAACUUGAAAGCCUCAAGAAGACGAUUGGUGUGAAGAUUGGGCGCCUCUACAGGCGGACAACAGGAUACAAACAACAAAGUGUCAAGAGGCCGAUGAAUGAGGAGCUCGACCAGGCUAGAAAGCGGACUCAGGUGGCCUCUAGAGAAAGAGUAGAUGGCUUAAGAGAGAGACCAAGUGACGAUGACAAUUACGUUCCUUCAAAAAUUACUAGUGGAUCAUCGAACGAGGUAAGGAAGAGCACUCGUCAGAGGAAAGCCAUAAGUUAUGCUGACUCUGAGAGCGAUAACGAGUAG